CACGUUUCCCACCAACGAAGGUCAGCAAUGCGCUUAUCAGAACACAACGCUCGCCCUGACGGAGCCAUGUUGACGUGCCCUCGACCAAUCCCAGGCCGCUACGUCAUCGUAUUUAAACCAGCCAACCAUUUUCUUGCGAUUUGUGAACUUAAAGUUUACGGAGAGAGAUCGCGUUCUAGUGGUUUCUACAAACUAGUUUAUCACCACACGCGCGCCAUCGUGCCCACUAUGUCAUCAUCAUCUGCUUCAACUCUCGUCGCCUGCGCCAUCCAGUGUGAACGUGUCAGCCUCUGUUUCGCCUUCAACUUCCUGAAGAUUUCCAAUGGAGCGAGUGUCACGUGCGAGCUGCUCCGCUACGACACAUUUCAGAUGUUUCAAGAUUUAAUUCCCAUGAUCCAACAGAAAGUCAACUGGACUGUGUAUUUCUUAACGAUCGAGUAGUUUGUUCUAAUGUUUGGCUUGUCCCCGCCUACAUGAUGGGG